AUGGAUUCUACGAAGACUUACCUCAUAACCGGUGCGAAUCGAGGACUGGGUAGAGGGUUGCUCGAAACUCUUAUACAACGACCGAACACAGUUGUCGUUGCUGGUGUCAGAAAUCCAUCUGACUCGUCUUCCAAAUCGCUCGAGUCGCUUUCAACCGGGCCUGGCAGCAAAGUUAUUGUUGUGUUCAUCGACAGUAACGACGACGCCUCAGCUGAGAAAGCCAUCGAUGUUCUUCAAACCCAACACAACAUCAACAAGAUUGAUACAGUUGUGGCAAAUGCUGGCAUCUCAAAAUAUUACGGACCGGCGACAAUUACACCCAUUAGCGAAGUUCGAGAACAUUUCGAGGUCAAUGUAGUUGGCACUAUUGUCCUCUUCCAAGCUGUGUGGCCACUGCUGAAGACUUCGUCACAUCCAAUGUUUAUGGCCCUCUCUAGCGGGGUAGCAAGCCUCGGCGACAUGGAAUCUCUCCCUUUGCCCGCCACUGCGUACGGCAUGUCGAAAGUCGCAGUAAACUACAUGGUUCGCAAGAUCCACUUUGAAAAUCCCGAGCUUACUGCUUUUGUCAUGAGUCCUGGAUGGGUUCAGACAGACAUGGGGAAUCUGGGAGCGACAUCCGUCGGAAUGGAAAAAGCCCCCGUUACUGUCGAGCAGAGCAUAAAUGGAAUGCUGUCGAAGCUUGACCACGCGACCCGGGAGAGCAUAUCUGGCACCUUUCAAUCAUUCGAUGAGACCCAGUACAACUGGUAA